AUGAUGUGUAGAUGUUGUUGCCACUAUUUAAUACGUAAUAGCCAUAUUGAACGUGGUAACACUGCUGGCAAUUUACUGUUUGAACGGUUUCAUUGGCUUGGCGGUUGACAGUUUAUCGCCUAAGAGAUCUUACGCGGCGUAGAAAUAGCCUCGCAUAACCGGCUUAUAGAAGAGAAGGUGAGUUCCCUCUUCCUCGAAGGGUCCCGGAACUGCAGCAGCAACAUUAGCAUGGUUACUGUAAAAGCGAGGCGCCUCCAACAUGCCCCCCAAUUAUUAACACUGAAAGUUAUCUAUUACGCUCAUUUGAAGCAAUUCGGAGGUCAUUUUAAAUGCCACAGGGACAAGGAGGAAAGGGCGCACGCGUUAGCUUCUCCUCCGGAACAGCAGCGGGUCUCUUUGAUUUAGAUGAACUCCUCCAGCGAACCAGAUGAAACCCGCAAACCCCGCGGCUGGACCAGGACCCUGGCUCUGACCGUAUGCUCCGCCGCCAUCGGUGGCACCUUCCAGUAUGGUUACAACAUCUCCAUCAUCAACGCCCCCACCACCUACAUCCAGAGCUUCAUCAACGACACCUACACGCAGCGCUGGGGGGUCGGCCUGGACGGGCCCCAGGUGACCCUGGCGUGGACCCUCAUCGUGUCGGCCUUCUCGCUGGGCGGCCUGCUCGGGGCCCUGCUGGCGGGGCCCCUGUCAGUCCGCUUCGGCCGGAAGCACUCGCUGCUUCUGAACAAUUCCUUCCUGUUGGUCGGCGCCGCGCUCGUGCUGGCCUGCCGGGCGGCGCGCUCGUUCGAGAUGAUCCUCGCGGCCCGUCUCCUGGUGGGGGUGAACUCGGGCGUCAGCAUGAACGUCCAGCCCAUGUACUUUGGGGAGAGCGCCCCCAAGCACCUCCGCGGCGCCGUGUCCUUCACCUCCGCCGUGUUCACCGCCUUCGGGAUCUUCCUGGGCCAGGUGGUGGGACUCACCGGGCUUCUGGGCUCCGAGCCCCUGUGGCCCUACCUGCUGGCCAGCAACGCGUUGCCGGGGUUAGUCCAGCUCCUCGCCCUGCCCUGGUUCCCCGAAAGCCCCAGGUACCUCCUCAUCGACCGGGGAGACCGGGAAGCGUGUGUCCGGGCGCUCGGCCGGCUUCGCGGUGGGGAGGCCCCCGCCUUGGAGAUGGAGGAGAUGCUGCAGGAGCAGGAGUUGCAGAAAUCUGCUGCCUUAAAGUCUGGACGUGCAGCUUCUGCCAAGACGCCCUGGUCUCUGUUCAAGGAUCCUGCCCUGCGACGUCAACUCGGAACCGUCAUGGCCGCCAGCAGCGCCAUGAUGCUCUGCGGCAAUGACUCCAUCUACUUCUACGCCUCGUACAUCUUCCUCGCAGCGGGGAUCCCGCCAGAAAAGAUCCAAUACAUCACGAUAGGCACGGGGGCGUCGGAGCUGACCGCGUCCAUCCUCAGCAAUCUGCUGAUUGAGCGCGUGGGCCGCAAGUGCCUCCUCGUGGGAGGGUACGGCCUCAUGUGUUUCUGGUCCGUGGUUUUCACCGCGGCGCUCAUCCUCCAGAGCAGCGGCGUGAGCGCCAUGGCCUACGUCAGCAUGGGGUGCGUGUUCGGCUACAUCCUCAGCUUCGGGUUGGGCCCCGCGGGGGUGACGGGCAUCUUGCCGGCGGAGAUCUUCGACCAGGCGGCCCGGCCGGCGGCGUACAUGGUGGCCGGCUCGUGCAUGUGGAUCGGCCUGUUCCUGGUGGGGAUGCUGUUCCCCUUUAUCGUCAACUCCCUGGGGAGCUACUGCUUCCUGCCGUUCCUGGCCGUGUGCCUGGUGUCGGCCGUGUUCUUUGGGCUCGCCUUACCGGAGACGAAGGGAAAGACGCUGGCCGAGAUCUCCGCGGAGUUCGACAGGAUGAACGGCGCGAGGACGACGACGACGAUGGAGGAGAGGCCGGACGUGCAGUCGGAGCCCCUUCGUGAGCACUACCAGCUGGGUCAAGCCUGCCCCUUCACUCAGCUGACGCAGGAGCUCGACUCUGAUCACAAAGAUGGGGACUGACGUUAGAAGUGAAAAAGGACAAAGUGCCUUCUUCGCCUCGUAAUGCAAGUGAAUCCAAAUGUGAAAUCUUGUGUCCUGUUUACGUAAAUUGACCUCUGUAAUUUUUUUGUUGAGUUAAGACAAUGCAAAGUAUUCUGUUCACGCAGAAGGUGCUUUUUUUUUUGUUGACUGACCUUCUGGUAAUAAUUAUCGACAGUGUGUGCCACACAGAAAAAGCAUCUGGGCAGUUAAAAAGAGGACAACCUUUCCCCUCCAAAAAGGCUCCUUCGUAGCAUAGCAGCUGAACGCCUCUCUCACCGAGAGCAGCUCCCCAGACGACGUGUCCUCCCGAUCUCCAGAGGGGAAGUCGGGAGGUCGGCCUCUCGGUCCGUAUAUGCCUGCACCAAAACCAUCCCCUCUUUGUAAUACCUCGAUUCGCCCUCUCACACGUGACUUUAUGCUGGAGUUUUGCUCAACGUUUUGAAGUCCAGCACUAUCUGAGAGUUUGAGAUAAGACUUUGUUUCCAGUAUCCCUACAGCGGUCCAGACCGAGGCAGAGCGGGCCAGGAUUUAGAUGGUGUUUAUUUAACGAUGACCCCGUCCUAAUUCAGCAUGUCUGCACCGGGUAGAUAACGGCGCUUGUAUACUGUGUAAUCUGAUGAUACACCUCUGUCCAGCCCAUUGGUUCAGGCUCGUGCCAUUUCCAGGCUUAGCAACCCGAGUGGGAACAUUGCCUCUCUAAAUCUGGCAGACGGUCAAUUUCACAGAACUGCAAGCCUCUUCAAUCCUGUUGUUAUUUAUGCAUCAACCAAACUGUAGACGUUAUCAGUGCCAUGAACCGCAUGGUUCCAAUUGUGGAAGUGUCCUCCUGCUCCCGGGUGCAGCUCCUCCUGACGGCCAGCAGAUGUCGCCGUUGUCAUCGCUCGUCCCGUCCCCUCGGGGCCCCAACAGGAAGAUGCGUGAUAUCAAAGACGGCUCACAGAUGUAACACCCAGGCCGCGAUGACACGUUUUGAUUCAGCAGCUGUCAGCUGUCGCGGGCCUUCUGUUGACCAUCUGUCACAGCCUCGACGUGUUGCCUUUUUUUUUCUUUUUUUUGUUGAUGACUUGAUCAAGAUGCUGCACAUAUUUAUUAUUUAAGGUGCUUUUCUUCUGAAAAUGAAUGAUCCAAAUCUUUGCGUCCCACGUAUUGUGAACUCCCCCUUGCUUGCUGGGUGUCACUGCUGUAGCGCGCUGCAAUCUUUGCACUACCCAAAUUAUUGGUGUUGUAUGACGCAUCCUUGACGCCUUUCCCCUCCAAAAAGGCUCCUUCGUAGUAUUGCGGCUGAGCACCUCUCACACCGAGAGCAGCUCGCAGACGACUUGUCCUCCUGAUCUCCAGGGUCGGCCUCUCGGUCCGCAUAUGCCUGCAUCGGUCAAAAAGCGAUGAAUUGAAGAGAAAAGCAUGUGAUGACAAUUCUCUGAUUUUAAGGGUUCGGUGCAAUGACUUCCUGUGUUUUUACUUAUUUCUGUAGGAAAAUACAUUUUGCAAAUUGCAACUAUUUAUGAUAUUUAUUCAAUGAAAACUGUA